AUGGGUAUAUUGGCAGCGUACAGACCAUUUGUCUACCGCUGUUUCUCUUCACCAUGGCAGAUAUGCCCUCAGCGAGCUCAGCGAGCUCAGCGCGGAUUGAGUUGCACAGCCCUUCUGUCAUCCGGCCAUAACAGAUGGUCGAAGAUCAAACAUGACAAAGGCAAGAACGAUGCUGCAAAGAGCAAGGCACGCUCCCUAUUAUGCCGUGAUGUUAUCUUAGCAUCGAAACUUGGUGGUCCUGACCCGGCCUUUAAUCCUCGUCUAGUCGCAGCCAUGGCAAAUGCAAAGAAGGGUGCUCUAUCCCAGGCCUCCAUCGAGUCAGCCGUCGCGCGAGGCCAAGGCAAGUCGACCAGCGGAGCAGCGCUCGAGUCGUUGACCAUAGAAGCAAUGCUACCCUUCUCUGUGGGGGCAGUCAUUGAAUGCCAGACCGACGGGAAACUGCGUACUCUGCAGGACAUCCGGGCAAUGAUCCUGCGGCGAGGAGGAUCUAUCACGCCUACAACGUUUUUGUUUGAAAGGAAAGGAAAGGUGGUCUUCGAGAAAAGGGAUGGAAUCUCGACUGAUGAGGUGCUGGAUCAAGCGAUCGAGGCUGGAGCUAUGGAUGUGGAUAUGGACCAGGAUGGCAGGCUGGUAGUGGAAACUGAGCCGAGCGAGAUAUCGGUGGUUGCACAACGCUUGAGCAAGUCGUUGGGCGUGAAAGUGGAAUCCUCGGAUAUUAUACAUGAUCCCAAGGACGAUACCACGGUGUCUCUGAAUGAGGAGAAUAUGGCAGUAAUCGAGGAUCUUAUUGCGCAGAUCGAGGAGGAGCCCAGCGUGCAAGAUGUGUACAUAAAUGCCGCGUGA